CAGGCACUUAACAUGGCAGAAGAUCCCUAUAUCAUGGGAGUGUCUGAUCCUCAAAUGUUUACUGUGGAUCAACUCAUGGGAAUGAAUGCAAUAUUUAAUAAUUCAGGUUACAUUACUUCAGACAUACCACUACGAGCAGCAGAUGGACCAUACUUACAAAUCAUAGAACAGCCUAAACAGAGGGGAUUUCGUUUCCGAUAUGUAUGUGAAGGGCCAUCACAUGGUGGACUUCCUGGUGCUUCUAGUGAAAAGAACAAAAAAUCGUACCCUCAAGUCCGGAUCUGCAAUUAUGUUGGGCCUGCAAAAGUAAUCGUUCAGUUAGUCACCAAUGGGAAGUCUGUCCACUUGCAUGCACACAGUUUGGUGGGUAAAUAUUGUGAAGAUGGAGUAUGUACAGUUAAUGCAGGACCAAAGGAUAUGGCGGUAGGGUUUGCAAACCUUGGAAUACUUCACGUCACCAAGAAGAAAGUAUUUGAAACUCUAGAAACACGCAUGAUAGAUGCCUGUAAAAAAGGGUACAAUCCCGGACUCUUAGUGCAUCCUGAACUUAAUUAUCUCCAAGUAGAAGGAUGUGGAGAAAGACAAUUAUCAGAUCGGGAAAAAGAAAUCAUUCGCCAGGCAGCAUUUCAGCAGACAAAAGAGAUGGAUCUCAGCGUGGUGCGCCUUAUGUUCACAGCCUUCCUCCCUGACAGCAAUGGCUGCUUCACAAGAAGACUUGAUCCUGUCAUAUCAGAUCCCAUAUAUGACAGCAAAGCCCCCAAUGCAUCCAAUUUAAAGAUUGUAAGAAUGGACAGAACAGCAGGAUGUGUGACAGGAGGAGAAGAGAUUUACCUUCUCUGUGAUAAGGUUCAAAAAGAUGACAUUCAAAUUCGUUUUUAUGAGGAAGAUGAAAAUGGUGGAAUGUGGGAAGGUUUUGGAGAUUUUUCUCCUACAGAUGUACAUAGACAGUUUGCUAUUGUGUUCAAAACCCCCAAGUACAGAGAUGUCAAUAUCACAAAACCAGCAUCUGUAUUUGUUCAACUGCGACGGAAAUCUGAUCUGGAAACAAGUGAACCAAAGCCUUUUCUGUACUAUCCAGAAGUCAAAGACAAAGAAGAAGUGCAGAGGAAGCGACAGAAGCUGAUGCCUAACUUUUCUGACAGCUAUGGUGGAGGCAGUGGUGCAGGAGGUGGCGGGGGUGGAAUGUAUGGCAGUGGAGGAGGUGGUGCUGGCUCAGGGUUUGGUUACCCUUCAUAUGGGUAUACUGCUUUCGGAGGAAUGCAUUUCCACCCUGGUACAACAAAAUCGAAUACUGGAAUGAAACACGGGCUUUCAAGUGAUGAACAUGAACAACACAGGGAAAGCUGCAAUAAGCACAAUGACAAGCAGAAUGUGAAGCAUGGUGCGAAAAAGGAGAUCUCAGGCAGGGAUGACUCCCGACUCUGCGGUAAUAAAGAGGAGGAGGAUGCUACUUUGUCACAUACAGCCCAAAUAGAUGAAGCCAACUCUAGGUUACAAGAUGGACUGUUCCUGGAGAAGGCCAUGCAACUCGCUAAACGUCAUGCCAAUGCUCUUUUUGACUAUGCCAUAACUGGAGAUGUGAAGAUGUUAUUAGCUGUUCAACGUCAUCUCACUGCUGUCCAAGAUGAUAAUGGUGACAAUGUACUUCAUUUAGCAAUUAUCCACCUUCAUGCUGAGCUGGUGCAAAACCUCUUAGAAGUGAUGCAGGAUUUGAAUUCUGAUGACAUCAUCAAUAUGAGAAAUGAUCUUUAUCAGACCCCCUUGCACUUGGCAGUUAUCACAAAGCAGGCGGAUGUGGUGGAAGAUCUGCUGAAGGCUGGGGCUGAUGUCAGUUCUCUGGAUCGACAUGGGAACUCUGUCUUGCAUUUAGCGGCCCAGGAGGGAGAUGACAAAAUUUUGGACAUACUCCUUAAGCACAAGAAAACCUCUCUGAUGAUCAACCUUUCAGAGGGGGAAGGUCUCAAUGCAAUUCACAUGGCAGUGCUAGCAAAUAGCAUGUCUUGCCUCAGGCUGCUGAUUGCUGCUGGAGCUGACAUCAAUGCUCAGGAACAAAAAUCUGGACGAACUGCAUUGCAUCUGGCUGUUGAACAAGAGAACAUCUCUUUGGCAGGCUGCCUUCUGCUUGAGGGUGACGCAUAUGUUGACAGCACUACAUAUGAUGGAACCACUCCACUCCAUAUAGCAGCUGGAAGGGGCUCCACAAAACUGACCGCUCUUCUCAAAGCAGCAGGUGCAGAUCCUCAUGUUGAGAACUUUGAGCCAUUGUUUGAUCCAGAGGAUGUGAAAGGCAAUGAUGAUGAAGAUGAAGGAAUUGUACCUGGAACGACACCUUUGGACAUGGCCACCAGCUGGGAGGUGUAUGACAUAUUAAAUGGCAAACCCUAUGAAUCAAAGGUGGCUUCUGAUGACCUACUAGCACCAGGAGAUAUGAAAGAGCUGAAUGAAGACUCCAAGAUGCAGCUCUACAAGUUAUUAGAAGUACCUGAUCCAAACAAAAACUGGUCUGCCCUGGCACAAAAGCUGGGCCUUGGAAUACUCAAUAAUGCUUUCAGAUUGAGUCCCACACCAUCAAAAACUCUGCUGGAUAACUAUGAGGUUUCUGGUGGUACAAUAAAGGAGUUAGUCGAUGCCUUGAAGCAAAUGGGUUACACAGAAGCAAUUGAAAUCAUUCAGAAAGCACGAUCCGUCCCACUAACUGAGUGCAGCCAGGAGAAUUUUACCUCCAAGGCUCCACCACUAUCACCUUUUGUUCCAUCCACUAAACAACAGACAGGUGAACUUUAUGAUAUCAAAUUCCAAGACACUGAAAGCAUGUGUGAUAGUGGAGUGGAGACUUCCUUCCGCAAACUUAGCUUUACUUGUUCCGAGUCCCUGAACAGCAAGUCUUCAAUAACACUUAGCAAAAUGGCCUUGGGCUACGGCCAAGAACACUCAAUACAAGGCAAAAUCUAAUCACUUUGCAGUAUACAAUUAUAGAAAGCAAAAUGACAUUUAAAACUGCCUGUGUGAAUUUCUCUGGGGGGAUGGAAAUGAGCUUACAGCCAAAAGUGCACUGGAAAAGAAUCAUCUGAACUGAAAGAUUUGAAGAAGUGGCUCAUAAACAUCACUUCCUUCCUUGUUUCUUAAGUAUGUUUACUUGCAUUCAUUUACAAGCAAUGUACCAUAA